GUCAGUGUCAAACUGACUGCUAACUCAUACCAUCAAUCGAUUCUUUAAAAAAAAUGUUUCUGCCUAAUUUAAACUUUUUAAAUUCUUAAAUUAAAAAAUAAAUGUACAGCGUCGUUUGCAUCGCUAUACCUACUCAAAAAGUUUAUUUUAUAAACUCAGCGUAAUAAUAAUUAUUGUUUAUGCCGAUUAUUUCUCAUUUGCCAAAUAAAGAAAUUGAUAUUUGAUCAAAUGCUUUCAAAUAAGAUUGAUAUUGAAAUAUUGAGUACAAAUUGCACUCACUUUGUAGAUCAUGAAGCAGCUGGCUGCUUGGUAUCAAAAGAAAAUCAGCUCGUACGACAAAGAAGAAUGGGAGACGAUGGUGGAACAGUUAUUGAUGCGCGGCACCUACAGGCGCCGAAUCGUCGACUUUUCCUCUCACGCAAGAUCAUACCUUAUUGAUGUAGACUUAGUCAGAGGUUCUUCAUUUCCUAAAGCGAAGCCUACACUGGGCAUGCGUCGAGUGGUAUGGUUUGCUCUAGUGCGUCUGGUGUUCCUUCCCGGUCUGCACCAGUGGUGGGCGCAACAAACAUCCCCAGCAUGCGCUAAAGUCCUCCUUGCGCUAUGGCUGAUGCAAGUUGCCAAUAUCACCCUAUAUAUUAUAGCACCAGCUGAUAUGGAGCUGGAUGUGAAUUGUUGGUUAGUCCCCCUGGGUCUAAUGUUGGUGCUAAGUGUCGUCCACUCGCAGAUCGUAAGCACCACAGAAAUGGAGCUAGCGAGAGUGCGUCCGCGCUCCACAUAUCGUAGAAAAUUGCCCCGAUCCUUCAGGCGAACACGGUCUGAAUGCGAUGAGGGUAGUGGCGGUGGCUCUGCAGAAAGUGGGGCUACUUCGAGUCAAAGCAAAACUGCUUCCAGUAAGCCGCCCAAGUUUCGACGAAAGCAUUCGCGUACGGACUUAGCUGAAAGUGGUGUAAGAAAACGCAAAAAGGAAUCUAUUAAGGAAAGUGCAAUGAAAACUCUAAAUCCAACUAUUAAGAAUAAGUCCUUAAUCAAAGUAAAAGCUAAAGAUUCUGAUGACGAAGACUAUAUGCCGUGGAAAAAACCUGAUCUCACCACACCUAUUGUUACAUUUACACCACCGCCUGAUAAUGCUACACCAGGCACAUCAUACAAAGCCAACUUGACAAAAAAACACCUAGAAAGCUUUAACAUUAGGCAAUGCCAACAAACACAAGUUACAAGAACAAUCUUCGCUGAUGGAGACGACGGCUUUGAAAGCCUUAACGGCUACAACUCCAAUGGCAGUGAUGCAGAAAAUAAGACAAAAGAAAUCGAAGCGGAAGUUCCGACCGAAAAUAAUGAUGGUAUUAGUAGGCGUAACGAAAAUAAAGAAGUAGCAAAUUCUGCUGUUACUGAAGAAAGUAAUAAAGUGAGUUUAAAAGAAAAUGGUUCCAAAGAGAAUGAAGAAGUUAACAUAAAGAAUACUAAGAAUGAGGACAAAGCAAAUCCCGAUCCCGAAUCCGAUAUAGGUGUUCCUACAAGUAGUCCAACUACGAAACGUAUCGGUGUAAGAUUUAGAGGUUCCUGGAUGCAAGAUGCAGUACGUAAAGAAUCCAGUGAUGAAGAAUUUAAUGUUGUUGAAAAGAAACAAAAGAAAUUAGACAAUUACCAGACGUCGUCGUCCGACGGUGAAUGCUCGGCAUCAGCGCCAUCUAUCGCCCUCCCAUCGCACCAUACCAUGUCAGACUGGGUUGGCCAAACCACUAACAGUGAAGAGAGCAGUUAUGGAUCACAGUCGGAAGGUGGUCAUUCCGAUGUGGACUUCCAUUAUGCAGCUGAUAGUUCAUGGGAUCCUUUUGCCCUGCUAGAUCCAACAAGUGAUACAGUGAAAUGCACUAUGUGGGAACGCGGUUCGACUCUAAGAGCCGAACUGUCAGCGGUAGACAUAAGCUGGUACGUUGUGGCGCGGGCAGAACGAGCUAUGGCGGCCGACGGUUGUCUAUGGGCGGGGAUUGCUAUGGCCGCCGCUAUAGCACUGUUCGCUCCGAUUUCAAGACUCGUUCAGGUGGCAAUAGAUCAAGAAACCAGAACAGAAGAGGAACUGCAAGCGGUGUCACCGAUCACUUACAUCCCCUAUUUAGUGAUUAGCUACAGUCAGGGAUCGAUGUCUUGUUUGUUUAAUGGUGCAUUCGGUGAUAACUUUUGGGAGAUAUCGACAAACAUGCUGUCUUGCUUACUCCGUUUCGCGCUGAGCGGUCUCAUAUUCUUCUUGCUAGCGGUAGCGGAGCGGGCGUUCAAACAAAGAUUCCUAUACGCGAAACUGUUCUCGCACCUAACUUCAGCACGCCGCGCUAGGAAGUCAGAGUUGCCUCACUUCAGACUGAACACCGUGCGAAACAUAAAGACUUGGCUGUCCACACGGUCUUAUUUAAGGCGCCGCGGGCCCCAACGUUCGGUAGAUGUAAUAGUGUCAGCAGCUUUUAUGUUGACGCUAAUACUGCUUGCGUGCGUAAGCGCACAGCUUCUCAGGGACUCUAUAACACUAGAACGGGGUUGGUUGAUCGAAGCCAUGCUGUGGAGUACUUGUCUCGGCAUUUACCUCCUCCGGCUUCUAACUUUGGGCAGCAACGUAAACCGGAAGUACCGGGGCUGUCUGUCUGCCAUAUUGACAGAGCAAAUAAACCUCCAUCUUGCCAUGGAGCAACGACCGGAGAGCAAGGAGCAACUCACCGUCGCAAACAAUGUGCUGAAGUUAGCAGCUGAUCUCCUCAAGGAACUGGACUCACCGUUCAAAAUAUCGGGAAUAUGUGCCAAUCACUAUUUAUAUACGAUAACCAAGGUAGUCAUUCUUUCCGCACUCUCAGGGGUACUGUCAGAGAUGCUAGUUCUUUUGCAAGUCGACCUGUCCUCGCAGCUCGAAGAUCCUUUCUCGCGAAUUCGCGAUCGAUCCCUUUCAGGCAUUGUCCUAAUACAACGCGAAUGA